CGCGCAGGGAAAGAAUUGGGCCAUUCACCAAUCGUCCAGAAAGCCAAUUACGUGCGAUUGACAGCCAUUUCACGAUCCAAUUGCACUCUGCGCACGAGUAAAAGCCAUCUCUCCACGUGCUCCUUCCCUUUCCCUCUUCGGUUAGCCGCGGUGUCCCUGUGUCAUGGUCAGACAUCUUGACAGCUCACUCGAGCUUGGUGGCAUCCAGCUUCCUUUCCAUUACUCGAUCAAUUCAACAUGACAACCAGAUACCGUGUAGAAUAUGCUCUCAAGACCCAUCGUCGGGACCAACUGAUUGAAUGGAUCAAGGGCCUUCUAGCGGUUCCAUUCGUCUUGCACUCACAGCCCACGGCCGUAUGGGAACCUACUGUGGAGUCCGUGGACCACAUGGCCAUGACAGCCCAACGACGCUACGCUGAGAUCAUGAGGGACGUGGAAGAGAUAGUCAACGAUCACAUUGCUCAUCAAAAAGCUGGCACGCAGAAUCGGUCAAAGCUCAAACUACUGGUCCCAUCGGUAGCCAACUUCUUCACACCAUUGGCUCUCCACGAUGCGUUUAUCUGGCAAGAUCAACGGCGGUUCAUCAGUUAUCGCCGUUUCGUACCCCCGUCAUUCAACGAUAUUAGACUGGUCCUCAACACCGCCCAGGUCAUGAGCCUCGUCCGCAGCGGCCCUUUGGAGCUAGUCACCUUCGAUGGAGACGUUACCUUGUACGACGAUGGUCAAUCCCUCUCACCAGACAACCCCGUUAUUCCGCGCAUUUUGCGACUCAUGCGUACGGGUUCCAAGAUUGGAAUCGUGACAGCCGCCGGUUAUACAGAAGCGCGUCGUUACUACGAGAGACUCUACGGACUGCUCGACGCGAUCUAUACUUCAGCUCUUCCGGACUCUACCAAGGAGAAUCUCGUAGUACUUGGAGGGGAGAGCAACUUCUGCUUCAAGUACGCUGGGGACAGUCCAGACCUGCUGAAACUGGUACCACGGCAGGAAUGGCUGCUCAAGGAGAUGGUGCUUUGGGAAGAAUCGGACAUUACGGAGCUCCUUGACAUCGCGGAGGCAUCCUUAAGGGACACGGUCAAGAACAUGCGCAUGGAAGCGAUCCUAGUCCGCAAAGAGAGGGCUGUUGGCAUCAUACCGAAACCGGGCUAUAAAUUCUGCCGCGAGACGCUCGAGGAGACGGUGUUGAUAACCCAGAAGAUAUUGGAAUUGUCCGAAGUUGGGCGCCGUUUGCCUUUCUGCGCCUUCAAUGGUGGUAAUGAUGUGUUUGUGGACAUCGGUGACAAAUCCUGGGGGGUGCUGGCCUGCCAACGCUUUUUCGACGGCAUUGAAGGCGGAAAGACAUUGCACAUUGGCGACCAGUUUCUGUCCGCUGGAGCGAAUGACUUCAAAGCACGGCUGGCCUGCACGACGGCAUGGAUUGCGAAUCCGGCAGAAACGGUUCAAUUGUUAGAUGAGAUUGCUGAAUUGGACGAAAUUCAGCAACGGAAGACGAGAUGAGUGGUGGCCCGGUUGCUUGCCAGACAACGGGCUUGCAGGAGUUCACGAGGCUCAUUUGCAGAAGCAAGCAUGCUGGUGUGGCGUGUUUCUGACGCGUUUCGCCUUGAUCUUGAGCCUUCCCCGGCUCGCGGGCAUGAGGAUCCAGGGCGGGUGAGACGAAUCUUAUGACUGGCAUCACGAUAGCUCCACGAUUAGAUAGCGAAUGGCAAAUCCCCGUGACAGGGAAUUCAC